AGCCAAAUUCCCGCUUCUUCCCCUCGCCAAUCGUCAGCUUCGCCAAAUCGCGAUCCAAUGCCUCGCGCCGCUCCAUCCCCAUGCCGAUCCCUCUUCUUCCCCCCGUGGCGGCUCCGGCUCCUCGUGCUCCUCCUGAUCCUAGGGUCCCUCGGCGAUCCGGCCCUCGCCUUCAAGGUCCCGUUCAAGGCCAAGGACGUCCUCCCCGUGCUCCCCCGCCAGAUAUCGUGGCCCGUCCUCAACACCUUCCACAGCGCCGUGGACCUGCUGCCCUCCUUCGUCGGGUCCGUCGCCCCGGGCAACGGGUCCCUCCGUUGGAACGGGUCCUGCUUCGACGGCAACCGGGCCCGACUCGAGUUCACCCGGGGCGAUCGCGGCGAGCCUGGCUUGGGCGGCGGCGUUCUCUACUUGAAGACAUCUGAACCGCAUAGCUGGACGUGCAUGGAUUUGUAUGUUUUCGCAACGCCAUACAGGAUCACUUGGGACUAUUACUUUUCUGCUAGAGAGCACACAUUGAAGUUUGACUCAUGGGAAGAACAAGCAGAGUUGGAAUAUGUAAAGCAGCACGGAGUUUCUGUAUUUCUCAUGCCAUCGGGAAUGCUUGGAACAUUGCUUUCUCUAAUUGAUGUGUUGCCCCUGUUUUCUAACACUGUUUGGGGUCAGAAUGCUAAUUUAGCUUUCCUGAAGAACCAUAUGGGCGCUACUUUUGAAAAACGUCCUAAGCCCUGGUACACAACUAUUAAUCCGGAUGAUGUUCAUACUGGCGAUUUUUUAGCGGUGUCCAAGAUCCGUGGUAGGUGGGGUGGUUUUGAAACAUUGGAGAAAUGGGUAACUGGUGCUUUUGCCGGUCACACAGCGGUUUGCUUGAAGGAUGAACAUGGUAAUCUGUGGGUUGGUGAAUCAGGGCAUGAGAAUGAGAAGGGGGAAGAAAUUAUUGUGGUUAUUCCUUGGCAAGAGUGGUGGGAAUUGGCACUAAAAGACAAUUCUAAUCCCCAGAUAGCCUUGCUUCCUUUACAUCCAGACGUGCGUGCAAAGUUCAACUCCAUGGCAGCAUGGGAAUAUGCUCGAAGCAUGUCAGGGAAGCCUUAUGGUUAUCACAACAUGAUAUUCAGUUGGAUUGAUACCAUAGGAGACAACUAUCCUCCUCCUCUUGAUGCUCACUUGGUUGUUUCUGUCAUGUCAAUGUGGACGAGAUUGCAGCCAGCAUAUGCUGCAAAUAUGUGGAAUGAAGCUUUGAAUAAGCGCCUUGGGACUGAGGAAUUGGACUUAUAUGGAAUAAUAGGAGAGACUGAGAAGCGAGGGAUGUCAUUUGAUGAACUACUUACUACUCCUGAGCAAGAUGAUUGGAUGUAUAGUGAUGGGAAAUCAACCACAUGCGUUGCCUUUAUACUUGCUAUGUACAAGGAAGCUGGAGUAUUUGGUCCCACUUCGAAUUCUAUUCAAGUAACUGAGUUCACAAUUCGUGAUGCUUACAUGCUGAAGAUUUAUGAGAAUAACCAAACUCGUCUGCCAAGUUGGUGCAGUAACAAGGGCGGUCAACUUCCAUUUUGUCAGAUUCUUGGGGAAUAUUGGAUGGAAUUGCCAGAGUACAACACCAUCGAACCAUAUGCCAACAUGAAUGAGAACUGUCCUUCGCUGCCUCCAAGUUAUGAAAGGCCCAAAAGAUGCUAAGGUCAUGCUGAUCCGUUACUGCAUGAGUAAUCUACUCUCGAAUACUUCUUUCCUCUUCGCAGGGGGCUGUUUGAGCUCCGCAAUCUGUCUGGUCAUACGAGAUCUGUUUAGAAGCAAUGAUAAAAGUGUGUAUGCGAUAACUUCUGUGACAUCCACGUUUUGUACAUAUCUAGUCGUGAGAUUAAAUGAAGGGACAGCUUAUGAAA